UUUUGCAUAUUAUAUUAUUAUUUUCAUUUUACAAAUGAGAGAACACCUGGACAACUUGUUCAAGAUCAUAUAGCUAGACACUCGGACCCGUGGUUGCGGUUCAGGAACUCCAGCAGAUGUGCAUCCCAGAUGGUGUGCCUUCCUUGCAUCGUCAUUCCGAUUCUGCUCUGGAUCUACAAAAAAUUCCUGGAGCCAUACAUGUAUCCUCUGAUUUCCCCCUUUGUUAGUCGUAUGUGGCCUAGAAAAGCUCUUCGAGAAUCCCACAACAAAAACAAAGGCAAGGUAGACUGUAAGGACGCAGACAUAAAUGGAUUACCAACAAAAGGACCAACGGAAAUCUCUGAUAAAAAGAAAGACUAAAGUGAUUGUCCCAAAGGAUCUCAUUGUUUUAAAAAUGGACCUGAUAAUAUGAAGCACCUUGCUUGUAAUUGUCUCUGACCUUUUUCUCUGAGACCAGAAUAGGGGAUAGAUAGCUUAGAUAGUUACCUGAUACUAAUCAGGAAAUACAUGGUAUUUCUAUUUAAAAUGUGUCUAGUUAUAUUUAAUGAUCUCAUUCCUGAGUUCCUGUUUCAUUAAAGUCGCUUCCAUUUCUAUUAUCGUAGUUAUGAAUAAAUAGAAGGUUUGUGCCAAUAGACACUGCUACUAAACCAGUACUCAAAAAUCCUUGGGCCUCUAGCUUUCGUUCAGGCUCUUUGAAUUUGAGCAGAGUACAAUGUUACCGUGAAGCAGUGCGGUGAGACUGUGCGGUGAAAGGAAAAGGGGUUUGGGGAGAUGAUGAGGACUUGAAACCUAAAGAUGUAAUUACUGUCCGAUACAAUGGAGCAGCCUACUUCUGAGAGUCGUAAUUCCUGCUUAUUGCUCUGAGGAAAAUAGAAAAGACAGGGAAGUCGGGGAAACGCCUUUGAAAAAUGGAAUACCUUUGACAGAAAUAUCUAAUGUAUAUUAUAAAAUCCUAAUCCUUGUUGCAUUUCUUCUGUUCUUACAAAGUAUAUUAAAUAUUCAGUUUAGGAAAAAAAAAGAUCAUAUAGCUAUUAAGUGGUGGAAUGAGGGUAGGAGCUGGUUAGGAAGCUGCAAUGGAAAGGCAAAGCCACUUAAGAUUUUAUUUUGCAAGCCCCACACACAUCACAGCAAGCAUAUCAAAUAUACACACACGCCUUCUUAAAUAGAAUUCAUGUGUAACUCUAUAAGAAAUGAUCUAAAAGUUCAGUUGUCUUUGCCUAAUUAGCAUAAUGCAGGUCCACAAUCCCUUAUCCAAAACUCUGGGGCUAGAUGUGUUUUGGAAGGCGGAAGUAUUCAAUUUUUAAAAAGGUAAUGCAAUAUGAUCCAGCAGUUCCACUCUGGAUAUAUACCCAAAAGAACUGAAAGCAGGUACAUGAAGAGAUAUGUUUACACCCAUGCUAAUCAUACCAUUAUUCAUAAUAGCCAAAAGGUGAGAGCAACCCAAGUAUCCAUUAACAAAUGAAUAGAGUUUUUUUAAAUGGGGCAUAUACAUACGAUAUAUUAUUCAGCCUCAGAAAGGAAGGAAAUUCUGACACGUGCUACAAAAUGGAUGAACAUUGAAGACAUUAUGUUAGGUGAGAUAAACCAGUAACAAAAGGACAAAUUCUGCAUGGUUCCACUGCUAUGAGGCACUUAAAUUAGCCGAAUUCAGAAAGAAGAAUGGUGGUGGCUUGGGGGUUGGGGGAAGGGAAAACGGGAGUUAUUGCUUAAC